GUCCGUUGAGACGGCUACCGAUUGUCGUAUUAUCGUAAUUCUUUCUUGUUUUGAUUUUGCAUCAUUUCAAUUUUCAAAUCAUAUUUCACAAAUCAUUUAUAUUUGAAUGAUAUUUCCUUUAAGACUCGUGUGGCCUGCAUUUUUUAAUAUAUCUAUAUAACAAAAACAAUGACUGUAUCGUUUUAAAACAUAAUUCUUCAUGGUAUUUCCUCAAGAAUUCAUCUCACUACAUCAAAAUCUACCUACAAUGACUGACGAGAGAAAUUUUCGUUCGUCGUACUAUGAAAAAGUCGGCUGCCGCGGUGUAGAAGAGAAGAAAUCAUUGGAAAUUCUCAUGAAAGAAAAGCCAUGGGAUAGAGUGAAGUUAAAACAGUUUUGUCUUAGAUUUACAGUGCCGGCUGCUUAUCGUAAUUUAGUGUGGAAAGUAUUAUUAGAUAUCCUUCCUGUAUAUCCUGAUUCCCACCAAUUUGUCAUGGAAAUGCGCACAGAUCAAUACAAUGAUCUGCUGUAUGCCGUGCAGAAGAUGGAGCUAGCUGAUAUGUCAGGCCCUAGGAGUCAGAUACUGCUGGCUAUGUGGUUACUGGAGCUAGAGGACAGGAAACCACCUAUAUUCCCAGAGAGCAACUGUUCAUCAGCCGACACAUUCAUACCAAUUGCGAACACACUACUAGAGUUGUAUGACAAUGAGGUGGAUGUGUACUGGCUUACAAAACGACUGAGUGAGAUAGUAAAAAACAUGCAGAAGGACCUGGGCAAACUUAGGGAGGCCUUCCAAAACAUGCUUGAGAAGGAAGACGCGGAGUUGUAUAAUCACUUAAUUGAGAUAAAAGCAUUGGACAAGUUACCACUCACAAGAUGGUUCAACUGCUGCUUUGCUGGAGUUCUGGAUGAUACAUCGCUCACUAAAAUUUGGGAUAAAGUUUGCAGCGGUGCACCCAAGAUACUGUCGUUUGUCGCCGUGAUGUUAGUUGUCACCCUCAGGAGGAAUAUACUGAGAUCCAAAACAGAGGAAGAGGUGAUAAAAUGCGUUUCAGAGAUACCGGAACAGUGUGAAGAGGUAGUAGCGAACAAGGCAAUUGAACUCUGGCAAUACUACGCUCAACCGCAAAACGAUCAACUUGCAAAGAAAUGAUGUAUGACCUUCUAAUGAGCUCGCCUCAUUAGAAACUAAAGGAAGAAAUUUGACUGUCUCGUUCCGAGUGUGUUGUUCUAGUGUGAGAGAGAUAGCAAUAAUAUUGACGAUGUGAUGAAAUUCGAAAUUUGAAUAGGCUAUUUCGCUCUAAAACAGAUAUUCAAGUG